AUGGGAUCAGCCGAGAAUAACUGGCGCCAGAAGGUAGCCAAUAAACGAGAGGCAUGCUGGGAAGCCAUACCCAAAGAAUGGAGACUCUCGGAUGAGUUGAAGUCCACCUUCGAACAUCCACUGUCAGAGAACAAGAACGACUUUGUUGGCAACGAGACAAUUCGCAAAUCUGGUAUCUUGACUGAACAAGAGUUGACCAUCACUGAAGAUUACACGGUGUCUCAACUUCUUUCUGCACUCAGUCAAGGCACACUGUCCGCUUUGGAAGUGACACUCGCGUUUUCUAAACGCGCUGCUGUUGCUCAGCAAUUGGUGUCAUGCCUUACGGAGACGAUGUUCACCCAAGCCAGAGAAAGAGCCCAAUGGCUCGAUGAGCAAAAGGCCCAGGGCAAGACAGUUGGACCGCUCCACGGUCUUCCGGUGAGUAUCAAAGACCUUUUCCAUGUCAACGGCACACAGGCAACCAUCGGAAUGGUUGCUUUUAUUGAUGAGACCUCGACGACCAAUUCCCCUUUGGUUGAUCUUCUCUUGAAACUGGGAGCUGUGAUUUAUGUGAAAACAAACGUACCUCAGACGAUGAUGACCUGCGAGUGUGAAAACAAUGUUUUCGGGCGUACUCUAAACCCACGAAACACGUUGCUUGGCCCAGGAGGAUCCAGUGGCGGCGAGGGUGCUUUGGUGGCUCUUCGAGGCUCACCCCUGGGUGUGGGAACUGAUGUUGGCGGCUCAAUCAGAAUCCCUGCUUUGUGCUGUGGAACAUACGGCUUCCGCCCAAGUUCCAGCCGAAUUCCCAACGGGGGUACGAGAAUCUGCGCAACCAGCGGACUGAAGUUCAUACUGGCCUGUGCUGGGCCGCUCGCCAUGGAUAUGGAUGCUCUGGAGAUCUUCUGCCGAGAGGUUAUUGAUGGACAGCCUGCGCUAUAUGACUCCACGAUAAUUGAUGUGCCCUGGCGGCGAAUUGCGCCCAAACCGAUCCUUCGAAUUGGAGUUUUACCCGAGAGUCUGGUGUACCCUCUCCAUCCACCUGUCAAGCGAGUGUUGGGUGAAGCAGCCCGCAUCUUGGAAGCUCAGGGUCAUGAGAUAAUCACCCUGGAUGCAGCCGAGUGUCACUUCGAAGAGAUCAACGAGGUAGCUUGGAACAUAUUUAGCCUGGACCCUAAUGCUGCUCAGCUGAUCGCGGCAGCGGGUGAGCCUUUCUCGCCUGCAAUCUUGUCUCUAAAGCAGCAGGCAGAAGAACUGCAACAGUUCCACAAAAGCACUUUGGGAAACACUGAAGGCCUAGACCGCAUGGGCAAGCUAGCGCUUUUGAACACCCGACGGGCAGAGUACCGGGAGAUUUGGAGGAAGUUGUGGCAGCGACUUAACCUGGACAUUUGUUUGGCACCAGGAGCGCAGGGGACGGCUGUUCCUCAUGACAAGUAUGGCUUAGCAUCAUACACCUGUUUUUUGAAUUGCCUUGAUUAUCCCUCGUGCAUUAUUCCUUACGGGAAGGUAGGAGAGGCUGAUGCGAACGCUACUUUCGAACUUCAUCCGGGCCAGACAGGACCACCAUAUGAUUUUGAUACUCUUCAAGGUGCGCCGUGUGCAAUUCAGGUCUUUACUCCGACCAUGCGGGAUGAAGAGUGUCUUGAAAUGGCCAAGGGAAUCGACAGAUGCCUUAAAUACUAA